CUGGAGGGCAGAAUAGGACUACAAGUCCCAGGGGGACGCAGGAGGGAGUGGGCUGGACGCCGCUUGAGGGCGGGGGGUACGAAAGGGAACCUGCUGGCGGAGGCUCUGGAGGUUCCUCACUCAGGUGUCUUGCUACAAUUAUUUGAGAUAUGAAUGAGAACCUAGCAGUACACCAUGUUAAAUUCCUCCUUCCUGAAUAAAAGUGUUUGUGGAAGAUCCAGUACUUCAGUAUGAACCUCUGAAAAAUUGCAACCACACAGUCUGCCAUACCAGAAACGUGCCCCUCUACAGCUGGAGUGAAAAUUCUGAGUGUCUCAAAUUUGUACCUUUAAACAAGACAUUUCUCAUUCCUGGGCAUGGCAAUGUCAUAUGUCCUUCUCCUAACUAGACUCAUAGCUGAAGUUACAAGCAAAUCCACUGAAAGUUUGGUUGUUACAGAGAGUGGAAUGAGGAUGGGAGUAGCAGUUGCAUUAAAUGCAAUAAUGAAACCACUCCUGUUGUGUCAACUUACAAUCUGACCGAUUGUAGAAAUACUGGUACCAGAGGAAUGAAUUUUCAAAUGAAUAUAAGUACCGUAACCCCCUUUCUACAGAAUAUAGAUAAAAAUGACAGACAACCUCCCGCUCACCUUUGGAAGCUGAAGUUCUGAUGUCAAAUGCCAAAACGGUGAUCAGUCUCUGUGCAUUCAGUGUAUUGAGGAGCUAGCGUGCCCUCACUGGGGAGGCGUGUGUGGGCAUGUGCGAGUCAAACACAAUCCCCCCAGGCAUUCAGCCACUGGAGCUAAGUCAAUCUGUUCUACACGUGUCAGUCACCCUGGGGCUGGUGGGGAAACCAAGGUAAACAAAGCAAUGCUUGAAAAUGUCAGCUGUGCACAACGGUUGGCAAUGGCUGGGUUGGGUUAAAAUCUUCCUGGCUUGUUUUUCUCUCAAAAGUCUUCAUCAGUUAAAGGCUUAGAAUAUUUGAAUGUUUACUUUCCUUCAAAGAUGGCAAAAGGGCCAGAUCCUCACCCGGUAUAAGCUGAUGUAGCUCUAUUGUCUUCAGUAAAGAGAUGCCAAUUUACACCUGCCAAUGAUCUGGCCCUGAGCUAAGCAGCAUCUGUUGCUUGGGUAUUUCAGGGGAUGCAUCGUGGUGGGCACUGGCACUAAGUUAUUCAUUUUAUUCCCACUUCAGCAAAGCUCUUAUACACAUGCUUAAGCCAUUCAGAGUUUUUUAAAUUGACUAAAAAUUACAAUCGGACCUAAAUACCUUUAAUAAGCAUCUGUUUUUUGUCUACGAUACACACUGGCUGCUCCCUGACAUGGCUGAUGUCUGAAAAGUACUAUGGACACAAACGUUAUACACAAAUCUCUGGAUGCUAUUGUUCAUGGCUCCCACUGCAUAGUUCGGAUGCCCCAAGGCAGGAGAUGAGUUGUAUAUCUGCUAAGUGGCUUAUCUGUUCAGUCCUCCCACUUUUAGUGUCAUCUGUACAUUCGACAUAGGCAAAAUCUCAAGUUAAACCUUUUAAAAAAAAAAAUGAUUGCAGGUUGACUUUAGGAGCCAUAUAUUAGGCCAGAUAAAAAGCACCUGUGGAAGAAUCAGGUAACUCCAGGUUUAACCCAAAAAACAAUUAAAUCCCACAUUUCUUAUUCCUAAAAUCCAUCCUUCUGGCCUUAGAGACAUAAAGAAUUUAACAGGGAUGAGGGAAGGGGUUGAUUUUCAAAGGUACAAAUUGAGUUAGGUGCCCAAUUCCUACUGAAAGUCAAUGGGCUUUAGCCAGCUCACGUGCCCCCAAACUGAGAAGACACUAUAGCACUCCACAGCAAUUAGUGCAAAACCCUAUAAUGCUUGAUAGAGAAUGAGAUUCUUUCGAAAGGAUUAUUUUGAGCUAUCCUAUAGAAUUAUCUAGCAAGCAUAGGCAUUUUAUAGAACAGUUCAGUGAACCUUCGGAGAGCUUAUCAUGCUCCGUUCGCUUCUAGCAGGGUACUUCCAUUAAAACAAAACCACUUUUUCAACCAGGAGCGAGGCGGGUGAAUGCCAAAGUAUCCCAUCUCUCACUGGAAGUCUGGGGACAGUCCCUUUCUUUCUUACAGAUCCAAAAUGAUUUCAAGUAAUUUGUCUUGAAUGAAGAAUCAGGAGAAAAAUAAUUCCCCUUCCUAAAAUUGCUGGAUUUACUAACACAGAGAAUAUUUUUUUCAUAAGGUCUGUUAUCCUCUGUGGUGGAAUUGUAAGCCAAGAUGAAUUUAACAUAAACUACUUAAAACUAGGCUAGACCAGAUUAGACAAAGUGCUAGACAAACAUACUAGAGAGAGGACAGGCUUGCACACACACAGUGGAGAAGAUAAGCAAAUCGGUGUUUCCCAUAAUCCGAUUCUAUAAACAGCAAAAUACUACACACAGUAAAUGAGCAGGUAUUGCUGUAACCCUAUUUCUCACCAAUGACCUUCCAACCUGCUUUGUUUGUCAAAAGAGAAACCACCCCCUAGUGGAAAUGUUCUUGCAGUCAAUGGAAUGAUUCACUUAUAAUUGGGAAAGCCAGGUGAUACAGGUAAGUCACCUCCAGACAGGAAGGUAUAAAAGACACCUGAAUAACAGAGGCAGGACACUCACACAUACACUGGGAGCAGCUGGAGAUCAUUCACCCUACCAGAUCAACCUCACCUGGAAGCUUAUCCACAAACUACCAGGAGACUUGGAUAUCAGAAGACAAGCAGACACGACUUAUGAAUAAGAAGAGCUGAGACUAAACACAUCCUCUGAGGAGGAGAGACAUCAGGGAUAGAAAUCUGGAGACAUAAUAUGCUUUUCACCUGCUAAACUGCACUCUGUACAGGCUUUUGCACAGGUGCCCACCACCGUAAUACCCGAGCGCCUCCCAGGUUAAUAGAUUGGCAUAGCAAAGUCCCUAGUUGACUUCAUGGAGUCUUCUGCUCUUCUCCUCCCUUCUCAGAUUAUGGGAAGCGGCACUUGGGGGUCGGUCAUGUCGUGCUUCCCCCAAAUGCGGCGCACCGAGACGCCAGAUUCCCCCACCAGCCCCGUUCCUGCCGCUCUGGAUGAAAUCCCCAUUCCUAUUAGCCCCAUCAUAGUCACCUCUCCCACCGACAGCAGGAAGCUCAGCUCCCCGACGUCCAGUCUUGCCUCCCCCAAACCGACCUCCCCCAUUGAGUGCUCCAUCUGCUUCAACACCUACGACAACAGCUUCAAGAUACCCAAGCUACUCCAGUGCUCACACGUCUUCUGUCUGGAGUGCGUGGCCCGCUUGACCUCAGCGCUGCCUGAGCCCCGGGUCGAGGACCAGCUGCCCUGCCCCCUCUGCAGGCAGCUCACAGAGAUUCCCAUUGAGGGCCCUCCAGCUCUCCAGACCAGCCAGGAGCUCCUGUCCACCCUGCCCCCUGAAUACCAACGGGAGAAGGUGGUGUGGAUGGAAGGCAGCAAGCUGUGCUGCAGGCAGUCAUCCCAGGACCCAGAAGAUCCCGAUGCAUGCAUCUGCCUCGACGUGGCCAUGAGCAAGCCCAAUCCCCCCAUGACGCCGACAGAGGGCAUGACUGGGAGACUGUCCCGCUGUGCCAUGUGCGAUGACUGGAAACGCAUCGUCCUCCUCUCGGCCCUGGUCAUCAUUCUGCUGUGCAUCAUUCUGUGGCCGGUGCAGUGUGCCCUGAAAACUGGGAACCUCCGCUGCUUCACAAGGACAGUUACUUUCACCAGGCCAAACUCUGUUCCGUUUACACAUACAACCCCGCCUGUGCCUGGGACCAGCCCACCCUCUCGCUAGUGCCUCCACCCCACUGAGCUAGGUCAAGCUGCUGCCUACUAGAUUUCACCAACAUACCUCACUGCCAAGCUGUAGCAGGCCCCUGUUCUCGGCCUACACACUGCUCCACCUAUGCACCUGAACCUACACGGUUAAUCCAGCCCCUUGCUUUCACACAGCUUUGCCAAUGCAAAGGCGGGGCGGGGGGGAGAAGAGAUUCGUGCAUAGCUGUAUAUUGAGCCACUGCUUCACCUAAAUCUCUAGCCAUCCGAAACACUGCACAGAUAACGGAGCCUUGAAGACUUGCACAAGGGCACGUUUCUACAACUGCUGCUUCCCGAGAAAGGCACAUGUGUGUCAAACUGCGGGGUUGUUGCUAUCAAGACACAGCUGUGAAUAGGCUUGGCCCUUUCAACUCACUGAUGGAAAGAAAGUGCUAAUGGAAGGGUUGUUUUCUUAAACUGACAACGCUGAAAACAGAUCUGGAUGUGAUUAUUUCUAAGGGAGAGAAAUCCAUCUGCCCUUGGAAAGAAGCAUGCUAAAGCUGUCUAUCUAUAAAGUGACUAUUUAAUUUUAUACAGUGUGCUUUAUUAAACAUUUCAAUUGUAUAUUGGUUAGUGUUAAAACUAUUGCUGGAAGUGUUAUUUACCUGCCUCUGCUUGAUAUUUGGGUUAGUACUAGCUUUUUACUCUGGUCAACAAAACAAGACUCAGCUCAGAAGACCAUGCUGAAGGUGUGAAAAGAAAAUUGUAAGUUUUCACCUCCCCUGACCAGGCACUUGUGCUUUAAAGUUUAGUAAUUUUUUGUGGAAUUGCCCACAAAUGAGGUUCUUAAAAAAAAAUACAAAUUUCUGCAUGUUUUUGUUGCAAACCAUCUCUGCUUAAUAUUUAGCUAGACCACUUUUUUUUUUUAAAUUCAAAAACUAACGGGACAGGAGGGAGUAGUUUUUCUUUAACAUGCAAAAACCCUAGCCCUCUCAGGGGUUACCAUUUCAGAAAGAAUUUUGCAUAGCUCAAUUUAAAAUAUAGUAGCCAACGUACAAGAGAAACUAGAUCGUUCUCCCAGACAUUAUACAAAUGUCAGUCUAGCUCCAUAACUUUAAUAUUGACACCUUUUAAAACCGCUAGGGUAAGAUACAGGGCAGUUGCUCCAACUGUGUGUUUAAUGGGAUGACUUCUGCAUUGCUCAAACAUGAGGGGCUCAGUGAACAAUAAGCCAUUGUUAAGAGUAAAGAGCUGAUAAUGCAGUUUAAGAGAAUUUAACAUAGCCAGCAUUAGAUGCAAGUGCUGUAAUGCUUUGUACAUUUUACACAGGGUUAACUUCUGCAGCCAGUGCCACCUAUGACUUUGCUCCUUCUAGGUGCUCUUUAGGGGUGCUAAGCUUAAAAUCCAGAUCAGAUGCUAAUUGCAUUUCCACAAAUUCUGCAUCAAUCCAGCACUUGUUGCCCAGCUGGAUACCAUAAGCCAAGAUAGAGACUCAGAAGUGCUCUAAAGUAAUAAAUGUUUAUGCUAAUCAGCAGCUUGCAACUACACUCCCCCACCCUCAGUGGCCCUGCUGCAGUCUCUCUGGUCAUAUUAUUGCAGCCACCUGAAUGAAGGGAGAAAGUUCAUUUUGUGUGCUGGCCAUCCUUUUCCUCUCUCCAGAUAGAAAAAAAACAAAGCCAGAUCCCCUGCUCAUCUCUCCUCUUGCCAUCAAAGCUGUAAAGAGGGAUUGGAAUAGGAUACCAUGCUGCAGCCAGUGGUGACGCAGGAGCUUUGCCAGGCAGGAUUGCAACAGGGUCCUGGCUGCUGCAACAGAUUCAAAAGGUUGACAAUUUAUAGCAAGCUUUAAAAGGCUGGUAUUGUCCAGCCCAGUUCACUUGCCAGUGGACCCAGGGCUUUUAACGCAGUGUCAACCAACCAUUUGGGUUGCCAGGGACUCUUGGGUGAUCUUGUCCAUCCCCCCAGCAGACUACCACUGAAGUCUCAGCAGUAGAGGCCAGAUGACAAAUGCCUGCAUAGCAUCAGAGGAGAAGGAAUGUGACAGGGGCCAGCCAGAGCUAGUUCCUUUGUCACUGUACAAACAUCUGACUGCCAUAUGCUCCCCAUACAUCCCUCUCCAAAUAAUGACCCAGGUGGAGCCUGUCAACCUGCCACAAUCACAUCCAUUCCCACUGAUUUACCUCACUGACUACAGUAUCCACACACAUCCAUCCCAUGUGCAGCCCUUUAAUACCCUUCACUUCCCUGCCUGCUGCCACACUUUACACAGGAGGGUUGGGACAGCUUUGGGAGAACUGGUAAUAGGCUACAGAGGUUCAUGCUGAAGCUGCUGGUUCAGAGCUAGCCCAAAAUUGUUUGGGCCACUUGAGAGGGACUCUGAUUGGGGUCUAAGAAGAGCAGGUUUUUGGGUAAGAGGCCUGGCACCUGCUGGCAUCGUACCUCCCUUCAAAUGCCCAUCGGUCACUUUCACAAGCAUUUCAAAUUUAAAUAGAAAAAACCUUUAGAAUAUUCAACAUUUAUUAAAAGUGCAAUAAAAAUAAACUGUUUUCUUGUCCCUGUGACAAACGACUGAAGACGCUGGCCAGUAAAUACAGCCCCGUUCCAUUGGUGUUCUUUGUUCAACCCCUACAGUGCUGGGAGAGCAGCUACUCCAGCACUGCAAGCUAAAGCCACUGCCCAGCACAUCCCUUAUGCCACACAGACAAGGAAGAAUGUUUCUUUUUUCCAUCAUCAGCUGCCCAAGACAGGCUCUCCUGGUUUCAGCCCUGACAUUCAGACCCUGGGCAAUGUCACGUAGCAAGGAGUCCGGCAGAAAAGGAGAUUCUUUGGCAGAGCGGUUUGCAGGCCCAGGGCUGCAAGAGCAGGAAGUGCUGCCAGUGAAAAAUCGAGAUGCGCAAACAGAGCCGGAAUAUUAACAUUCCAAAGCGUGCUCUUCUUCUUCGCGGUGCUAUACAAAUAUUAAUCAUUGCCCACAGGUCCCCUAUUUCGUAUGCAUAGCAUUAGGCUCAGCAGACAAAGAUGGGGAAAUGAACACAGGGCAUCCAGCAAGACAGCAACAGAGUCAGGAAGAGAACUCAGCAGAACUCUAAGCCCUAAUGUGCUGAUGGUACAUGGGAUGUUGCCCUCUGGUUGCUGAGGGCACAGAUAAGUUACCUCCCUACUGCUUUUACCACCAGCUACAGGAGAUCUCUUAGCUCCCAUGGCAGAGGCCCUGUGUUGGUGGAGAUGAGGGUUCUCACACUGGCUCCUCACUCAGAAACGGUGCAGCAUGGGGAUUUUGAUACCAGACAGACAAGUCCACUGCACCACACUGCUUCUCUGCACACUGCAAUAGUAGGGGUUGCUCCAGGGUCAGGAGCUAGGUGCUUGGGCGCUUAUGCAAUCUGCCAAAGCCUAGCACAGCAGAAAGGAGGUGCAUUUUCUAAAGGAAUGAGGGCAUUUACACAGCGGCUAUUUGCACUAUACCUAGGUCCAGUCCACGUGCCCAGUCCAUGUCUUCCAUGGCAGCGGAGUUAACCCAAGACUCUGUUUAAACACCUCUAGCUGAGAAACGACCGACCUCAUGAAGCAGUGAAGUGCAGCAACACCCCGGUGAUUGUCCUGAGCAAACAAAGCUCCUAAACAUGUUGUCAUUUUAUUUUAACUUUUUACAAAACCAAUUUCUUUAAAAAUUAAAUUAAUUUCUUUUGAACAAAAAAAAAAAAUUAAAACUGAGCUUUUACGCCCUACGAACAUCCAGAGGCACUUGCACAUAAAUAUCGGCCUAUGUGAAAAAGGGACUGGAAAAAGUCACUCCCGUGAAUAAGUUAGAUUGAGGCGUGUUCCUGAGGCAAGGACUCUGCCCUGCUCAGAUGCUUUCGGCAUUUUGGUUCCUCGCUGGAUCCAAGGUGCUUGAGGGGGUGUGGGGGCGCGAGGAUAGAGGGAGGCAGCGAUGACAGAACUUGACAAGUGUGGACGUAAACACUGUAAAUCCUAAGAUCCAAAACGAGAGGAGAGAGGUGGCGUCAGCUAUUAUGUAUAAGGGAGUCACACACACAUACGAGAAAGACGAUGUUCCCAUUACCCAAGUGUAUGUCUCUCUCACUGCAGGAUGCAAUUGGAGGGGUGACUGCAGCUCAAGCAGACAUACCUGCGUUAGCAGGACUAAAACCAGCAAUAUAGAUGUGGUGGCCCGGCUUUCAGCAACACAAGGAGGUACCCAGGGUUCUGGAUGCCUGCGCUGAAGUCCAUGUCUACUCGUGCUGCAAUGCCACCAGACUGCAGUGUAGACAAACCCUUGGAGUCUACACUAGGAAAACAAUCUCAGCUUGCACUGUGGGUCUCAUUCUAAGGCAGUUUUCAAAAAAAUUUUUUUUGAGUCUUGCCCCAUUUCUCCCCAGCCGGGCACUGCCCGGGAGCUGCACAAACAUUUUUAAGGUCUGUUAAACUGAUCCAGAACAUAGCUGGUUUUCCCUGGAUGGCGCCAUGCACUUCAUGUCGUCUAACAGGGACUAGAGCCAACAGAACCCUGGUGGGGUUUAGUGCCAACCUCAGAGAAUGAACGUACCUGUGCAGCCUCCAUCCAGCUCCCUUUCCAGCCCAUUUAUCUCCCUGCAUUAUUCAUCCCUGAAACCUUUGAGCUUUUGACGUUCAGGUUCUCGUAGACUGUGGCUGAGUCAUCAUCAUCAUCGACCCUGGAAAGAUACACAAAGCCUUGCCAUGAGUAACCUCCUUACUCUUGAUUCCUUCCUCAGAGCAGGUUGCCUGGAGGCCCUUGAACAGAAUUCCAAGCCUUCCCCCCGACAGCCUUGUAGAUGGCAAGACCAGGAAUUACCCCGAUGCCCGUUUACACCCAUACACUUCAUGCCUGCCGUCCCUCAGACAUUUAAUGUACACACAGACUGGGCCCUGAACAUUCAUCCAAGAUGCGAGCCUUUAUAUAUGCAUCCAACAUUGGGACGUGAUCUGAGUGAGAAUAUCACCCAUACUUCCUAUAUGUCUAAAGAUAGGGCGGAGUGAAAACGAUGGACUUUCUGGAAGGGGGAGGUGGAUAGGAACCUGGAUUCAGAUCUGAUUUUUGCAAACCAACCUUUUUGUUCAGAAUGGGUCCAACCAAAAUCCCAGAUCCAAGUAACCCUGAACUUCACUUGAAAUCCAGCCCAGACUUUGAGAAACAAUAAGAAAUACACAAUAUUCAGAAAGGAGGGAAUAGUUUUCUUUGGCUUUGUCCCACCUGUGAUCCCUCCCUACCUUCACCUUGAGAUUAAUUUAGAGUUUCAGAUUCAAAACACAGCCAAGACUCUAAGUGAAACCGCCAAGAUUUUGAAUAUUUAGACAGGUGCCAUCAGCCUAGCAGGGUCCAUCUUGGAUGAGUGAGUGGAGAUACUCAAACCCUGCCCCUCCCAUUCAGAAAUUCCAAGGCCAGAAGGAACCACUGUGACCCUCUUGUCUGAUCUUCUGCAUAGCACAGGUCAGAACUACCCCAAAGACAUUCCUUUUAAACUAGAAAAAAUCUCUUUAAAAUGGUGGUUUUCAACCUGCAGUCCAUGGACCCCUGGAAGUCCACAGACUAUGUCUAAGAUUUCCAAAGGGGCCGGCACCUGUGUUUGAAAUUUUUUUUAGGCGUCUGCAAA